AUGGCCCAGCUGUACUACAAAAAGGUCAACUACUCGCCCUACCGAGACCGCAUCCCGCUGCAGAUCGUGCGGGCCGAGGUGGAGCUGUCCGGGGAGGAGAAGGCCUACCUGACGGCCGUGGAGAAGGGCGACUACGCCAGCGUGAAGCACGCCCUGGAGGAGGCCGAGAUCUACUACAACAUCAACAUCAACUGCAUGGACCCGCUGGGCCGCAGCGCCCUCCUCAUCGCCAUCGAGAACGAGAACGUGGAGAUCAUGGAGCUCCUGCUGAGCCACAGCGUGUACGUCGGAGACGCCCUCCUCUACGCCAUCCGCAAGGAGGUGGUCGGAGCCGUCGAGCUGCUGCUCAGCUACCGGAAGCCCCGAGGGGAGAAGCAGGUGCCCACCCUGAUGAUGGACACGCAGUUCUCCGAGUUCACCCCGGACAUCACUCCCAUCAUGCUGGCCGCCCACACCAACAACUACGAGAUCAUCAAGCUCCUGGUGCAGAGGCGGGUGACCAUCCCUCGGCCCCACCAGAUCCGCUGCAAUUGUGUGGAGUGUGUGUCCAGCUCGGAGGUGGACAGCCUGCGCCACUCCCGCUCCCGGCUGAACAUCUACAAGGCCCUGGCCAGCCCGUCGCUCAUCGCCUUAUCGAGCGAGGACCCGAUCCUGACGGCCUUCCGCCUCGGCUGGGAGCUCAAGGAGCUCAGCAAGGUGGAGAACGAGUUCAAGGCUGAGUACGAGGAGCUGUCUCAGCAGUGCAAACGUUUCGCCAAGGACCUGCUGGACCAGGCCCGCAGCUCCCGGGAACUGGAGAUUAUCCUGAACCACCGGGAUGACCAGAGCGAGGAGCUCGACCCCCAGAAGUGCCACGAUCUUGCCAAGCUAAAGGUAGCAAUAAAGUAUCACCAGAAAGAGUUCGUCGCCCAGCCGAACUGUCAGCAGCUGCUCGCCACCCUAUGGUACGAUGGCUUCCCCGGCUGGCGGAGGAAGCACUGGGCGGUGAAGCUGCUGACCUGCGUGACGAUCGGACUCCUGUUCCCCGUGCUGUCUGUGGCCUACUUGAUCGCCCCCAAGAGCAGGCUGGGACUGUUCAUUAAAAAGCCAUUUAUCAAGUUCAUCUGCCACACCGGCUCCUACUUAACGUUCCUCUUCAUGCUCCUCCUGGCCUCUCAGCACAUCGUCAGGACCGACCUCCACAUGCAGGGCCCCCCGCCCACCAUCGUGGAGUGGAUGAUCCUGCCCUGGGUCCUAGGUUUCAUCUGGGGGGAGAUUAAGGAGAUGUGGGACGGUGGAUUUAACGAGUACGUCCACGACUGGUGGAACUUGAUGGAUUUCGCCAUGAAUUCGCUCUACCUGGCGACCAUCUCCCUGAAGAUCGUGGCCUAUGUCAAGUUUCACGGCUCGCGUCCGAGGAAUGAGUGGGAGAUGUGGCACCCUACCCUGAUCGCCGAGGCCCUCUUUGCAAUAUCCAACAUUUUGAGUUCCUUGCGUCUCAUAUCACUGUUUACAGCCAACUCGCACCUGGGGCCCCUGCAGAUCUCCCUGGGACGCAUGCUUCUCGACAUCCUCAAGUUCCUCUUUAUCUACUGCCUGGUGCUUCUGGCUUUCGCCAAUGGAUUGAACCAGCUCUAUUUUUAUUAUGAGACCAGGGCUGACGAAGAACCCAACCACUGCAAGGGGAUCCGAUGUGAGAAACAGAACAAUGCCUUCUCCACGUUGUUCGAGACCCUCCAGUCGCUCUUCUGGUCCGUGUUUGGCCUCUUGAACCUCUACGUCACCAACGUCAAAGCCCCGCAUGAGUUCACGGAAUUCGUGGGCGCCACGAUGUUCGGCACGUACAACGUCAUCUCCCUGGUGGUCCUGCUCAACAUGCUCAUAGCCAUGAUGAACAACUCGUACCAACUCAUCGCCGACCACGCCGACAUCGAGUGGAAGUUUGCGCGGACGAAGCUGUGGAUGAGUUACUUCGACGAGGGGGGCACCCUGCCGCCCCCUUUCAACAUCGUCCCCAGCCCCAAGUCGUUCUGGUACCUGUGCAAGUGGGCUCACGCCCGCCUCUACCCCGACGCGGACGCCGACGACGAGCAGAAGAGGCACGAGAACCUGAAGACCUUCACGGAACGCCACGCUGACAACCUGAUUCAGAAUCAACACUACCAGGAAGUCAUCAGGAAUCUAGUGAAGAGAUACGUGGCCGCCAUGAUUCGGAACACCAAGACGAACGAGGGGCUGACGGAGGAGAAUUUUAAGGAACUGAAGCAGGACAUCUCGAGCUUCCGCUACGAAGUGCUCGACCUUCUGGGCAACCGCUGCAAGCCCCCGCGGCGGAGCUGCUCGGCCGGCAGCAGCUCCGACCUCUCGCAGCGGGACGACGCCGGCGACGAGCCCCGCGGCCGCCAGCGCGACCGCCCCAAGGCCAAGAGCGUCUCCUUCGACCUGGCCCGCAGAAAGCAGGACUUCCACGUGUCGGCCCUCAUCCAAACCGUGGCGGGGAUGGACGCGACGGCGGCCGCCCCGGGGCCGGAAGAGAGGCCCGGCGGCAACGGGCUGAGCAAGCGCUCCUUCGUCCGCAACGGCAACCGCCUGCAGAGACUGUCGGGGUCCAAGAAGGAGUCCUUCCAGAGACUGGGCCUCCUCUUCUCCAAAAUGAACGGCCACCUCCCGGAGCCCGGCCCGGCCUCGGGCCCGGCCUCCGUCUACGCCAUCUCCGACGGGGUGGUCCAGCCCCACUUCAUGUGGCGGGACCUCGGGUGCUCCGACGGGGAGAGGGGCGAGGACGGCUCCGGGAGCGAAUCUCACCUCAGUGAGGUGGACGCCAGGCUGACGGGCCCCGCCCGGCCCCUAGGCCGCGGCUCUCUCCGGCGCGCCUCCGGCAUCUGCAACUCCAACUCCAGGCUCCUCGACUCCACGGAGGACGUGUUUGACUCCUGGGGAGAGGCCUGUGACUUGCUGAUGAACCAGUGGAAGGAGGGGCAGGAAGACCACGUCACCACUCGGCUCUGAGCCGGGGUGGGGCGGGAGUCCCCGGCCGCCCCUUCUUCGCCCCCGCUCCCCACCUCCUCACCUUCCCCGCCCUGGAUCUCAGAGCUGCCUUCACCUCUUUCGGUCUUUCUGAUUCACCUUUUGCCAUCUGCAGAUGCCCGAUCGGUCUGGGGGCUUCCUGUCAUCGACGGGCUGGCCCACGCCCGGCCCGGCCGGGGUUUUAAACCGUCCGUCCACUUCGCCUCCCCACGCACCCAGGCACCCUCCCCUCCCCCUGCUCCACCGUUAGCCCAGCCACACCCCGAUCUCUGAAGCCCCCCAGGACUGCUCCGGGACAAGGCCUAGGGUGAUGCAUCCCGCGGCUCCCGGUGUCCAGCAAAAGCACGUGCCUCACGCUUCCCGAUCCGGCCCCGGAAACCAGCCGGACGACAGGACCUUUCCCGCCAGGGGCCAGCCCAUGAUGCCCAGGUUCCACAACGGCAGUCGGAGCCCGGGUGAUCCAGGCAGACGCGCGUCAUCUUGCUCCUUGAGUCCCACCGAGCCCUUCCCGCCGCCUCAGGCGGGGUCCGCGUCCCGGCUCGCUCGGGGGUCCCGCAGACCCCACGAGGAGGAGGCCCGGGAGGGUCGGCGCUGAAGAGGUUCGGGCCUGGAGAUCCCAAGCGAAGGUCACCCCUGCCCGCUCCCACCAAGCCCAACUUUCUCCUCUCCACCCCCACCCCGAGCCAGGCUCUGCCCCCAACCUGCUCACGGAGUGUUGAGUACCUUGGCAGCGCCCACCGAGGGCAAUGUACCAGUGCUGAGCACCGAGUUCUUUCACUUCAAGGCAGCUACGGGGCAGAGUCCGGCUUCAGACCCUCCCCCUCCAUCUCCACCCAUCAGCCCCCUUGAAAAUGGGCCUUGAGAAGAGACUCUCCACUCUGAUUCCUACCUUCCCACCCCCCGCUACCCCCCUCCACCAUCUUCCCCAGCGCCAAAGGGCUCAGGCUGCUCAAAGGCAUUUUUAGAAGGCCGGCCGGGUUUCAGCCGAGAAGAGUUUUAACAGGGCAUCCUGCAAACAUCAUUUCUUAAGCACCAGAAUUUUGAAAAAAGCCAUCGUCUUCUGAGAGCGCAAAGAAAGAAUGCCGACUGCUUUAGAAUACAUUUCUGCCUCCUCCGUCCGGAGACCCACGCCGACCCCUCCUCCGCCGGAAAAGCCGUCGCCGACCACCAACCGAAGCCGACCGGUGAGUGGGACCCGACGUGGACCAACUCCUGGGGCCCUCAAACCUCCAGCGGAGAGGACGACGGGCAACCAUCAAGCCCCGCACAAGUCCCGAGGUCCGUCCGUCACCUGUCCACCGGGCAGCCGAACCUUAUUUAACCACACGAUGGGUCAAAUAGAAAUUUCUACUCCCUGCUCAGUGCUCCCGGCUCUUCCCCCGCCCCCAAAGCAUAAAGGCCUCGGGUGAUGGUGGUUUUGGUGAGGUUGUCCCUUUCUCCCGUUUGGGGGGAUCCGUGACCAUCUCUGGCCUCCGGGGCACAAGGAGGAGGGCAGAGCCCCAUGGUCUCACCAUCCGGGUCACGGCCUCACGCCCACUAGCAUCUCUGUGCUUAACUGUGGAAAGGGACGGGAAUGGAUUCAUUUAAAUCGGCAGGCCGCCACCUACAAACUUUUUUUAAAAAAAAAACAAAAACCAAAAUACACACCAAAUAAGUAUCAGCCUCCUCCAGAAAACCAUCACUUUUACUUACUCAGAUUCUUUCCACAAGUAGCGCAAAAAAAAAAAAAAAAAUCCAUGUCAUCCUUAAGUAUGCCAAGUGUA